UGGAACAAACAUGGCCGCUCCGGCGCCCGUUGGGCCCUCGGGCUCCCGCUGUCGUCGGCUGGCCGCGGGACUGCGGCUGCUCCCGGUACUGGGGUUGCUGCAGCUGCUGGCCGAGCCGGGUCUGGGCCGCGUUCACCACCUGGCACUCAAGGAUGAUGUGAGGCAUAAGGUUCAUCUGAACACCUUUGGAUUCUUCAAGGAUGGGUAUAUGGUGGUUAAUGUCAGUAGCCUCUCAGUGCAUGAGCCCGAAGGAGCCACACACAAGGAUGCAACUAUUGGAUUCAGCCUAGACCGUACGAAGAAUGAUGGCUUUUCUUCUUACCUGGAUGAAGAUGUGAAUUACUGUAUUUUACAGAAAAAGGCUGUCUCUGUCACCCUUCUAAUCCUAGACAUCUCCAGAAGUGAAGUACUAAUAAGGUCUCCACCAGAAGCCGGUACCCAGUUACCAAAGAUCAUCUUCAGCAAGGAUGAGAAAGUCCUUGGUCAGAGCCAGGAGCCUAAUGUUAACGCUGUUUUAGCAGACAACCAGACUCAGAAAAAACAAGGUAAACUGGAAGAGAGUGGAAAGUCUAAAAGAAGUACAGUGGAUUCAAAGGCAAUGGGAGAGAAAUCCUUUUCUGUUCAUAAUAAUGAUGGGAAAGUUUCAUUUCAGUUUUUCUUUAACAUCAGCACUGAUGACCAAGAAGGCCUUUACAGUCUUUAUUUUCAUAAAUGCCUUCGAAAGGAAUUGCGGCCUGGUGACAAGUACUCAUUCAGCCUUGAUAUUGAUAUCACAGAGAAGAAUCCUGACAGCUAUCUCUCAGCAGGAGAAAUUCCUCUCCCCAAAUUAUACAUUUCUAUGGCCUUUUUCUUCUUCGUUUCUGGGACCAUCUGGAUUCACAUCCUUCGAAAACGAAGGAAUGAUGUGUUUAAAAUUCACUGGUUGAUGGCAGCACUUCCUUUCACCAAGUCUCUUUCCUUGGUGUUCCAUGCAAUCGACUACCACUACAUCUCCUCCCAGGGCUUUCCGAUUGAAGGUUGGGCUGUUGUGUACUACAUAACUCACCUUUUGAAAGGGGCGCUACUGUUCAUCACCAUUGCUCUCAUUGGUACUGGCUGGGCUUUCAUUAAGCACAUCCUUUCCGAUAAAGACAAAAGGAUCUUCAUGAUUGUCAUCCCACUCCAGGUCCUGGCAAAUGUGGCCUAUAUCAUCAUAGAGUCCACUGAGGAGGGCACCACUGAGUAUGGCUUGUGGAAGGAUUCUCUCUUUCUGGUUGACCUGCUGUGCUGCGGAGCCAUCCUCUUCCCAGUGGUGUGGUCAAUUAGACAUUUACAAGAAGCAUCAGCAACAGAUGGAAAAGCUGCUAUUAACUUAGCAAAGCUGAAACUUUUCAGACAUUAUUACGUCUUGAUUGUGUGUUACAUAUACUUCACCAGGAUCAUUGCAUUUCUCCUAAAGCUUGCUGUUCCGUUCCAGUGGAAGUGGCUCUACCAGCUCCUGAAUGAAAUGGCCACGCUGGUAUUCUUUGUUCUAACGGGGUAUAAAUUCCGUCCAGCUUCAGAUAACCCCUACCUACAACUUUCUCAGGAAGAAGAUGACUUGGAAAUGGAAUCUGUAGUGACAACGUUAGGGGUGAUGGAGAAUAUGAAGAAAGUCAAGAAGGUGACCAAUGGCUCUGUGGAGCCCCAGGGUGACUGGGAAGGCACCGUGUGAUGGAGCCAGCCUGAGGAGGACGCUGUCAAAGGAGACUUUUAAUUUAUUAACAGUCUAUUGGUGAGCAAGAGCAGUUCCCGGCAGUGAACUAACUAUCGGCACCUCCCAGCAGUGACACCACAGAGCACGUGGCUGGGAGCAAAGUGCCACGGAAACCUAAUUUUGUAUUCUCUUUUGUGGAAACUGGAUUUGGCUGGUUAUAGGCAGCUAGAAUUCUCCUUCAGGCAGGUGGGGAGGGAGCGUAGAGGAGAGGGAGGAGGACAGAAGGAGGAACUUAUUUUUAAUUUAAAUUUUUUUACAAUUGGGAGCUCUGAGGUAUCUACAGCCAUGAUCCCAAGUGUGUUGUGGCAUAGAAAGGGGUGUUGGUGGUGGGGAGGUGGGUGGGAGGCAUGUGUCUGCUGCCAGUCACAGUACGGGAGCAGGGCUUUAGGAAAGGGUCACAUGUCUACUGAUGACACAGGGACUACAAAGGAGGGAAAGGGACAGUCUCAUUUCACCUUUGGGAGACAAAAAUAAAUGAAAUUAGGUUAUUCUAGAAAGCAAAGACAAAACCCAACUUAGUGUGUAGCACCUGCCCCAGGAUUCCUAGCCCUGAAUUUUGCCUCAGACCUUUAUUUCAGAUACUAAAAGUGAUCAGGAACCAGCAGCUCUAGAGGCCCAGUAGUCUUCUUUCUAAAAGGGCUCUGUCCUCUGACGGCUGUAAUGUCACUGUCAAGGUCGUGAUCCUGGAACACAGUCCAGCUGGUGGGAAAUGGGUUUCUUGAUUGAGGUGUAUUCUACGUUGCUUAAGGGAUGGGAAGAAAUGUAUGUGUAUGUUACAGGUCAAAAAGCAUCCUCCUAUAGGAUUUCCCUGCACAUCUGGCUCUGCUAGCUGUCCAGAGCAGCACUGUCUUGUUUCCCUCUCCUCUUAUAGCUUGUUUCUAUUUUGUGUGAUCAGAAUUUGGGGGGAAAAGGGAAGGAAUUUUCCUUAAGGAGCAGCUAGGGGCAGAAAAGGGUAGUGUUCAAGCAAAUAUUAAUGUACAGCAAAUCAUCAUCAUUCAAAGCUUUUUCUAUAGGCUAGGUAAGCAUUUUAAAUAGAUGAAUUAAACAGACUUGGUUCCCAUAUUCCAAGAGUGUAUGUAUGUGAAGAACAUGAGUGUGAUUAAACAGAGUUUUACUCUCAGGGAUUUCGGGAUGGUGAAGUCUUUCACAGAAACUCACGAAAGUUCCCUUCUGAACUUUCAGAUCUUGGGGAUGAACCCAGCUGCCUAAAGGGAACAGUAUUGCAACUCACAGAUAAGCCAUUUGAUGAUGGGGCAAACACAGAAGGUCCAUUGUGACUUGAGGUCUUAUCAGGAGACCAAAACAUGGCCCCAGCAGGAAAGCUACUUAGUGCUUAGGAGGCUGGCUGGGUAGAGCCACUUCCAGAAGCUUGAGCCCAACCCUGCCUGGGCUUGUAGGUGAGCUGUACCUGCAGGAAUAGGGGCCUUGGGGCUGGCUGGGGGAAGGGGAUGAGUAGGACAGUCACAGUCUCUUGGAGUUGUUUUCUUGCCUCCAGCUCAGAAGAGUCAACCAGAAACCAUAGGAUUUGGGGGUCACACUUACAAUCCCAGGUUUGGGAACCUGGAAGGGUUUUACUCAGAAAACAGUUGUUUUCUCUCUCCUGUGCCAUUUCACUUCCUAAAUGACCAGCACGGAAGUGGGUAUCCUUUCUAUGCACUUUCAUAAGCCCUUGUGCUCUGCCCAGCCCCCUAUUGGCUACUGUGGAGGAGGAGCAAGUGUCUUCUCGGGCCGUGGCUGCUUGUCUCUCGGCAGGUAUUUUAGGGGAGUGUUUGUGCAUCUUCUCAUCUUCAGGAGAAGGGUAAAUAUGCCCUACGUAUUCAUGUAAGGGACCCCUUUUUUUUAAAGGUAAUGUGGAGCUAUGUGACAGGAGAAGGGGGAUUGGAUGGAGGAUGGGAACAUUUUUAACCCUUUCUUUUCCUGCAUGUACACACAAUACCAGCUCUGCAGAAAUGUGUCUCAUGCUGGGACCACCAAAACCCUCCUGGGUACUUCCCUCACAAGAACCCAUUUGCUGUUUCUCCUGCAAGCAGGUGUUGUUGACCAGGCGAUAGACUCCUUGGCAAGAACAAGAAACCUCCCUACUAGAAAGAGUCUCCAUGGAGGUAUCCUCAUUUCACAUGCUGGAUUUUUCCAGCAAAGAAGCCUGUGAGUGGAGGAGUGAGAGGGAGGAUGAGAGUGUGUGCGGACAAGCGCUGUUGGGCCUGGCAGUCAAGGCCAGAGCCUCAACGAGCACGCUAGCUUGUGAACCCAAGCACCAGGACAUCUGUGGGCUCACUCACAGAAUGGCUGAGUGGCUGCACUUCUACAGUCCUGAUACUUCCAGAACAGGACUGUACAGAUGAGAUAAAGGAGUAUUUUUAAAGUAAAGGCUGGCUACGGCCUUCCCCAACUAGCAGGUCAUCUGCCCAUAUAUAACUGGUAGAAGGUUUGAAGUCAGACAGAUGAUUAAGAAAAAUCAAAAACCCAGCCUAAGAUUGGGAAAACAGGUGGUGGUUCCAAGCCCUUAAGAAAUCAUUGAAGUUCUCCUUUCCAUUCUAUAAAUUUGUCUUCUUUUUCUCCAUCACUUAAUAGCUGUGAUCCAGCGUUCAGCUCUGCUCUUGAGUAAAGAUGGCUAAUUGGGGUCCAAAACCAAGUAGUUUCACCAACUCACAAGCCGCUUCCUGCAGCCUGAUUUUCACGAUCCACUUUGGCUUAUUGUAAUGUGGUGUUGAGCGGUUAAGCCCUUGCAGUCUUUCAGGGAUUGGGCAGAAAAGAUCGCGUGCAUGUUGCAGAGCCAUUGGUGGUAUUUAUAGCUUCACUUUGUACUCCUACUCCCUGUUUCUGCCUACGCAAAAUAUCCAUGUUUCCUUUGAGAAAUCUGUUGUGGACUGGAAGUGCUGCUGGCUGUGAAAUUUAAUAAAGUGUGUGUAUUUUGCUAGAAAAUUAUUUCUUGGGCAAUAAGAACAAUCAUUGAUCUGUUAAUCCUGGCUCCUAACAGUGGCCAAGGGCCAUCAGCCUAUUUCUUGGUCCCUCAAUGCUUUAAAAUUUAAGUAGCAAUGGAUUUGAUAAUGCUGAAUACGACUCUGGUGAAUUGUUGGCUCAUUUUCCUGUAAGGUGAAGCUUGCUCCAGUGUAAAAGAUGGUUUCUCAGACUAUGGCAUGAGUCAGUUCAGUUUUCUUCCAGGAAACCACUUUAGAGUAAAAUAUCCAGGGUUUUUUCCUCCUGGACAUGUCCAGCCAGCCAAAGCAGCACACAGCCUCGUAAGUCUACCCCACGUGACAGUUAUGGCAAGAUUUCCACUCCUGCUUUAUGAUCUCAUCAGGAUCUCUGCUCUUGUCUUGUUCCACAACCUGCCCGCCCUCCCUCCUUCUUUCCUUCCAUCUUUCUUCCCUUCUUUCUUCCUCCUCCUCCACCCUGCUUCUGCUCGUGCUGUUGAUUCCACAUAGGCUUACUCUGGGAAUACGGGCUGAAGGCUUUGGUGCAUUGCAGCAUUUUCUCCCAGCAGCUUUGUGAAGGGUGUAUUUCCUAAGCUAAGGAGAAUUUCAUCAAGAGAGUGCAUGCUAAUACCGUAUAUUAUUGCUUUGGACUGUAUGUGAUGGUCUUCACCCACACUAAAAUGUAUGUCUUGCUUUAGUACUUACAAGAGUCUGUUGCAAGGAGACAGUCCUUACAGGCAAAGGAAAAGUAAAAGGUGCUUGUUUUAAUUACAAAUAGCAUUCUGGCCAUCUCUCCCCCAUCUUGAAGCAUUUUCUUCGAGGAAGGCUCUUAGAACAUUAGACAGUCUGAUGGGUUGUUGGCCCCGCUCCAUACACCCAGUAAAACAGCAGAAUGGUUCAUACUUCAUGCUGCCAAGCUGCUGAAUUUCAAAGGACACAGAUCCUAGCCCACUCCUCCACCCCUGUGUCCACACUCCACACCUCACCUUUGCUUUCUCUGACCUGCUCCUGGCCUUAUAACAGAUUCACAUGCACUAAGCCCAGGAAGCCCAUGGCCUGCUAUGCUUUGCUUUCCCCUUUAGGAUUCAGUAAGUUAAUGGUUCCCACACUAAAGAAGUUAGACUUUGGACUCAGUACCUCUUGGUAUAUCAAGAAGGUAUUCAUCUGGAACAUAGCAAAUGUUCUAAAAGAUCUCCUCUUUAUUCCAGUUUUCCCUAGGGUGUUUCUGGCGGGGAGUCUUUAAAAGACAUCUACCUAAGUUGAUGCUAAUACUCGUCACCACCUGGAAUGUAGUUCUUGGUUGGCAAGCUGAACACUCCCCAUAUUCCCUAGGGGCCUCUUUUGUAGUCUGGCGAUGUAUCUGUGUCCUCUCUGCAUGGUUUAUGCUUAAAAAAGAGAUAAAUGCCUUCAGAUGGCUCACUGCUAGGGCAUGGGACAUGCACAUCCCCUGAGAUACUGUGUGAGAAAGCACAGUGAGGGAGGGGACAAGUGAGGCAUGAGGACUUCGUUGUGUUGUCAGGGACCUGUUGGAAUUCUGGUGGCAGGAAGUCUGUAGACAGGCCAUUUGGGAAGGAGGAAUUCUGGAUGAAGUCAGUAAAUGUCAAAGUGAAACAGAAAAACUAACUUACCCUCAAGACUCUAAGUUUAUUUUGAGGCAAUUGUUUGAGGUUUUGCAGUAGGCAGCCAAAUCAGACGUGGGAGCCAGAGGGUCAACCUUCUUAGCAUUUACUUACUAUUACAGGAUCCAGAAAUCCUGUCCCCACAAGCGGGGGGUUCUUGGCUCCUUAAGCAGCUUUUGCAGAUUGUAGAUUGCAUUUGCCUAGUCAUGUGACCUUGAAAGAAGUCAGACAUAUUUAAUCCAGAAGUAAGUUUCAUUUGAGGGAGGGCUUGCAGGUGUGUAAAUAUCAUUUGCUUUCCUUGUUAGAUUGGGAUGCAGAAGGAGUUUUCAGUAUUUUUUUUUUUUAUUAACACUAAUGACCAUUGAAGAGUAUUUAUGUAAACAUGUAACGGGCGGGGGCUCAGACCAGGGUGAUGUGUGGGAUAAAUCCUCUCGCUGUGAUGCAAAUGUGUAAAAUAAAGAUUCUGUGACAGAA